AUGCUUUCAACUUGCAACCAUAACUCUCUUUGUUUCACGUCGAGUGCACACGCUGAAGAAGUAGGCUACUGCAGGCCUAACCAACAAAAACGGGCGGCGGCAACCACUGUUCAGGGUGUCGUGCCUACGAGAAACUCAAAGCGAACCAAGGUAACUGAAGUUCAAACAGAUAAUUCUUCUUCAUUUCCUGCGCCAUUAGUGCUACCAGAUGACGAUCUGGCAUUAGACCCGCGCUAUCCUCCUCAAAGUGUGCGGGCAUGGAUUCGUCUGAAGGACCGCAAUGAAGUAACGGUGGCCAAAAGGGUUGUAUACGUUGCUUCCCCGCCAACGAUAGAUUCCGACGUGGACACGAUGCAUGCCUGGAGUCGGCCUUCACUGCGAGCUGGAAAGAAAGAGGUGGUGUCACCCCCACAUACGGACGAUAUCAUGGAAUAUCUAGGCGCGUUUUACCACGGCAUGCCAGUGAAACCACUGCGAUCCAAACUCUCCUUCGCAGCGUGGGACACUCCUGUAUCAGGAACUUCAAGGUUGCAGAAAUCGUCACCUCAAUAUGUUGGCUUGAAUACUUCCACGGAGUGCGUCCGUAUCCGUACCCGCCCAUCCACAGAUAAAAUCUUCAGCCACCAGCUCAACCUAGACGAUCUACUCGACGCCGCUAUCAGCAUCCUCCCGGAGGACGCUUAUGCUCUCCUUUUGCUCGUGAAUCACGAUCUCUUUGAAGAUGAUGACGACCUCUUCGUUUGUGGGCGUGCAUAUGGUGGUAGCCGGGUAGCAGUCAUCUCUACAGCCAGAUACAAUCCCUCCUUGGACUCCGUGCAAAAUGUGGACCGGUAUCAUGCUUGGCCAGCAUCUCAUUGCGAGUUUUACGUCCGCGAAGCCUGUUCAUCAGCGUCAGCGACUCCCACACCGAGGAAGAGGCAGAAAAAGUCUCAUAAUGUAGACUUGGACAAGAACAGCUCCUCGACUUCCAUUGGAAAUGCAACAGUUGCGUCAUCAAAUGGUCUUUCUGGGACCGCCAUACACUCCGCGAUAUUGUCGCAUACCAACCUUCCUUCGUUGGAUCACUCCCCGUCCAUCGCGAGUCUUGCAGGCCUUUGGCUCGGUCGUGUAUGUCGUACCACAAGCCACGAGCUUGGUCACUGCUUUGGGAUUGACCAUUGCGUAUACUACGCAUGCGUUAUGCAGGGAAGUGCGUCACUAGCAGAAGAUGUUAGGCAGCCUCCAUACGUUUGCCCUGUGGAUCAAGAGAAGCUUCUGAGGGCUACGGGGUCGAGCACAGAGCAGCGCCAUAAGGCACUUCUCCACUUUUGCGAGAAACAUGAGGACGCCAUCCAUCUAUUCGCCGCGUUUGCUGCGUGGAUUCGUGUGAGGUUAGAAAUUUCAAACGUUCCCGCUUAG